AAAUAUAGCAAAGAGAGUGAGAGAGAGAGAGAGAGAGAGACCAUAACACAGAGAGGGAGAGAGAGAGAGAUAUGGAGAUGGAAAUGGAACUCGGAACGUUUCCUUUACCUGAGCUGGGGCAAACAUCCAUGAAUUUAUCUUCCUUGUUCGACUCCGCUGACAUUUAUACGCCUACCUUUGCUGAUCAAUUACCUGCAUUCCCAAUGAUCGAUGAUCACCAAUUCCAAUCCAACGACAUGUCCCAUUUCGGAAGCGACUCUUUCUCUACCAACAGCACUGAUUCAUUUCUCCUUGACUUCCAUGAUUUCCACCACCUGAUACCCUUCGACACAUGCAUUUCGUCUGGAGCAAUGCCCGCAAUAGCACCGUCAGAGAUAGAAAAAGAUGAGUGUGACCAAUUCCUCAAUGACGAUCUACUAGGCCUAGUUGCACCCAUCGAGAGUGAAGAGAGCUUCAUCGAUCAUAUCCUCGCAUCUGCAUCGACAUCGACAACAACGAAUUCUUCAGAGAUGGAUGUGAAUCCAGCGGCAUUGGAGACAGAUGCAACGACCAUGAGGAUGGUGCUGCCACAGAACCAGGAAUAUGAAGAGGAAGAGGAGUCUGAUGAGGAUCCGAAACCCAGCACGUUGAAUUGUAAGAACUUGUAUUCUGAGAGGAACCGGCGGAAGCGACUCAGCCAGCAAUUGCUUGCUCUUAGAUCCCUCGUCCCCAACAUCACCAAGAUGGAUAAAAGAUCCGUGUUGGUGGAUGCCCUGGCUUAUCUUAGAGGCAUUCAGGAAGAAACUGUACGGAUCGAAACUGAGCUUAAAGAAGGACCAUCGUUCUAUCACGACAAGAGUAGCAACAGCAAUGACAACAACACUCUCGGCAGCACCCUGCCACCCCAGAUCACGUUAACACCAAAGUCCAGGAAGACGAAGGCUCAGAUUCUCGAGAUUGACACAGAGAGAAUUGAGGAUCGGAGGUUUGUGGUGAAGAUCACUUGCAAGGGUGGGCCAGGUGUUGGAGGAGAAGUUCUACGUGUGAUCGAGUCGCUUGGUUUUGAGAUAACUUACAUUGCCCUUGAACAGAUCAAGCCCAUGCAUGUCCUCACCACGGUUUUCAUAAGGGCAAGGAAACAAGGAAGAAUGACAGAGGAAAAGCUGAAGGACUCUAUUACGAGCAUGGCAUUGAGAUCGGGUCUCAUGUUUCAAAACCCAUGAAAGAGAGCUAAUUAGUGAUGGCGUUUUAGUCAUCCUAAUCCUUAUUUAGGAACUUAAGAUACUUAGAACGAUUCUCCUGCACAUCUAGUUGUUUACAUGAGAAUUUUAUGCAAUUGGCAGUGUUUGGCAUCACCAUGGCAUGUGUAUAGCAUCCUACAUGCCUAACAAGGUUAUCUCGUUAUGAAAGUAAGGCAUUCUAAAAAUCAGGUCAAUCCAACCAUCAGGUGGGCAGCACUACAUAAAAUAAUUGACACCCACUUGCCAAUCUCCAGAUUGAGCCGGUGGCCCACCUGAUGAUUGCAUUAUCAUGAUUUUAGGGGCAUCCAAUGUUCAUGGUGAGGCAAUCUUGUUGGACGGUUGGAUGCAACACAAACACACCACAGUAGGCCAUAGGCAUGGCUAAUUGCAUAAUUUGUUCACCUGCAACUAGUUGUAUAUUAGACGUCCAUAGUAUGCCAAUAAUACCGUAUUAUAAUAAUGUGCACAAGAGAAAAUGGAAAAACUAAAGGAAAGAGAAGAGAAGCUUUUUGGUGGAGGCAGGUGAUACAUUGAAUGAUGAGAAGCAGAACAUUUUGAGCACUUUCUGUUUUUCUAUUGACUUCAUGUGCUAACCUAACCUAACACAUGAAUGUGGACUUUCUUUCUCGAGGAAUGUGGCGGAUUGUGUACCAUACACGUGUCACGUGUAUAUGAUGAUGGAAUUACAAUGCAUCCUGUUGGUUCGGGGAUUGAUGGGUCCCUGUACGAAUUUUGCUUCGAUUGUAACGUCUUAACUAUCUAAUAAAUGGGCCUUUACUCAA